CUUGAGGCAGGCAAAAGUCGUAACAGGCAAUCUGUUCUUGGGGCGGAAGCCCAGUCACAGGAUAGGGAUCAGGUAGAAACAGAACCAGCAGACGGACACAUGGGGUCGCGUUCUGACAGCUCUGAUUCGCCUUCAGAGGCGGAGAGUUCCCCAUCCAUGGAGGAUGAACAAUGGGACCAGGAAUUGUCUGAGGAGGAAGGUUUUUUACCGGAGCAGCCCAUGUUUAAAGGGCUGUUCAGGCCUCAUCUUUUUAAGGCCUUGUUGAGUAAAGCUAAGGUGGUUACUAAACAGGGACUCAUAGGGGAACAAGGCGCCUGUCCAGAGCAGGACCCUGCAGACAUGCUUUUUUCUGAACCAACGGUGGAGACGGAGACAGUUCCUGCUCCUAAAUUAUUUCUAGAUAUGAUUAAGAAACAGUGGGAAGCCCUGGCCGCAUUACCGAACAUGUCCUCCCUUGAGAGACGGUUUUUUAACACGGCUUCUGACCUGAUGGAACUCCUGAGAGUGCCUGAGGUGGAUGACCCGGUUUUGGCCCUGGCUUCCUCUUCGGCCACCUUGGUUGAACCUGAGGAAGUUUUGAAGCCAGAGGAUCGGAAGUUGGAGCAGGAGAAAGUGCCGGUGACCGAUCUGAGGACUCAUCAGGAUUUCAACAAGAUAGUGGCAGCUGUGGAAUACACAGCGGAUGCCACUAUGUCCUCCGCGAAAUAUGUGGCAAAGUCGAUUGCAUCCUCGGUCACAGCACGGAGGUUUCUUUGGUUAAAAAAUUGGCAGGCAGACACAAAGCGCAGAUGGCGAUUGGCCUCUGUGCCAUUUAAAGGUGCAAAGUUGUUUGGUGAGGCUUUGGAGCCCGUGUUGACGGAAACUAAGGGGAAGAAGAAGGUGUUGACUGCCUUGUCAAGGAGAGGGGAUACAAGGUUUUCCCCCUCCUUUCGGAAGUCUUAUUUUCGUCCCUAUUGGGGGUCGGCCUUUGGCAGAUAUCAGAGAGGUUUCCAAACACAGGGAGGUCAGUGGGGCCACUAUCAUCACUCAGAAGAGGGGUCCUCUGACAAAGGCAGGUCCUGCGGUCAGUCACGGCGUCCUUUUCGGGGGAGGGGCAACCGCUCCUUCCGCAGACACCGCUGACAGCAGGCAUCAG